AUGGAGGCGGGCCUGCUCGCGGAUGGCCUCCCGCUGGGGUUCCUGAAAGCGCUUGCAGGCGUCGUUCGUACCUGGAGCAUUCUGCCCCCCUCUCGGUCAUUCAACAGCGCUAACGAGCAGGCGUACCCGUUUCCGGCGUUCGUCGUCGAGAUCCCGGACCGGUCACAGGAGCUGCAGCACGAGCAGGCCGUCCCCAUAGCGCCCAGCGUGCCGCACAGCUCACCCUCAUCUGGUACGUGUGGCUCUGUGAGCGUGGGCAACCCGUUCACGCCGUCCCCGUCGCACCCGACGCUGCCCCUGGACACCAUCAACACGGAAGAGGAAGCUGUCAUCAUGGAAGAGGAAGACGGGGAGGAAGCGCCAGGCGCCGGCGCGGGCAAGCCGCAGCUGGACUCGCUGCUGUCGCGCUGGUCGGGCGGGUCGUAUCUCAGCACGAUCUGCCCGAUUGACUUGGCAGUCCCGGACCUCGCGCGGGAGAACUCGCGCGAGCGUGGACGGAGGUGGAGCAGCUUCAAUCGUUCAGUGCAGUUUGUUGACGGGAAAGGGAUCCCAGCACCGUCCCAGGCGUCAGUGCAGUCGCAGCGAGUGUCUACGAGUACGAACACGAGUGCGCGGCGCGAUUCCGAGAAGUCCCAAACCCAGUCAGAAAAGAAGCCAGCCCAACGACCAUAUCCCCGCCCACAUCAGCAGAACGAGUACUUCGACCACGAGGCGGUCUCACCCCUCUCACAUCCGGCACAGCUUUCGCCGUUGUCGCCGUUGCUUGCUGAGCCGUCCUUGACACCUCCGCGGAUACUGUGGACGAACAAGCAGUAUGACAACCAAACGGCGCGGACGCCGCUGAAUGAGCUCGUCGACCCGUCGGCUUUGUCAUCAUUCCGCGCCUGGUUGCUCGGCAGUGGCGUGCCUUCGCCCGAGUUCAAACUCAACUUGGGGACGGGCAUCUCGUUGGAUCUGAUCAAGACAAUCCAGACAGGAAUCCAGAACACCACUUUCGUCACCGGCGGGCUCGCCGCGGCUGAAGCCGCGAUCGCUAGACCCGACCGAGGAGCUCCGGCCGCUUAUCACACGGUCUGGACGCCGACGAGGCGGGCGACGAACACCUCCAGUGUCGAUCCCGAGGGAAAACGGCCUGCCGCCCCCGCCAAGGAACGAUGCCGAGGAGCGCUUGUCCUGCGCCCAGCUGCUGCUGGAUACGAAGUGGGAGGAUACCCCGGCUGGACCAAUGAAGGACUGGCCGCCAGAGGUACACUCCAUGAUCCGGUUGAUCUUCACGUCGUCGGACCAGGACUCAAUCUGGGUCGGAAGCGACAUGCGCUUGGUCUAUGCACUUCGAUGGUGGACCACCCUCGCGCGUUCGGGUCGCGGAUGGAGGAUGUGUGGCGCCUCUUCUGGCCGGAACUGAAGCCGCUCGUCGACCGGGCGUGGGCUGGCGAGCCGAUCGUGCACGAGAACGACCGCAUCCUCUUCGAGCUGAAGGACGAGCUGGGCGGCCCCUCGCGGUAUCUUGAGAAGUACCACUCCUUCUCCUUCCUGCCGAUCAUGGAUUCGAACGAGAACGUGAUUGCGAUCUACAACCCAACGGCCGACAACAGCGAGCGCAUUCUCGCCGAGCGGCGGCUGGACACGACGCGCGAGCUCGUCGAGCACAUCGCCAUGGCCAAGACGACCAAGCAGUUCUUCGAGUCCGUCGCCGAGGUGCUGGAGCAUAAUCCCGCCGACGCGCCUUUCGCCAUCUGCUACAGCGUCAAGGAGAAGGAGGCGGGCGACGCGGGCGACAAGGCCGUGCAUGAUCUUCUGGGCCGGAAGAGGCUCAGCUCGCACCAUGGCUCUGGGCCCAGUUCGACCGACUCGCCGGCCAGCACGAUGAGCGGCACGAUCCCGCCCUUCGAGAGCAAGCAGGUCACGCUCGUGCUUGAGAGCAGCGUCGGUGUGCCAAAGGGCCACAAGUGCGCGCCGGCGCACAAGUCCAUCACGAUCUCGAAGGGUGGCCCGGGCCGUGCGGCACUCGAGCACUUCCACCCGGGCACACACAGGCGCAACUCGCCUGUGCCCGUGCGAAGUUCACUGCACUGGUCCACGAUCGGAACGCGGCGCAACGAGCAGGCAUACAGCGACGGGCUGGAGUGGCCGAUCGCGCGCGCGCUCGCGAGCCGGCAGUGCGUCGUGGUGCACAACAUUGGGAGCCUGAUUGAGGGCCUGCCAGUGCGGCAAUGGAACGAUUUGCCGGACACUGCAAUCAUCGUGCCGAUGUCGAGCGAGUCGAGCGACCACAUCCCGCCCGGCGUCAUGAUCCUCGGCCUGAACCUGUACCGCCCCCUCGAUGGGGAGUACGAGGACUGGGUACAGCAGAUCCGGGGCCACCUGUCUGCCGCCCUCAACUCGGCCAUCGCGAACGAGAAGGAGCUCAAGCGGAGGAUCGACCAGGAGAAGCUCGACCGGGCCAAGACGGCGUGGUUCCGCGGCGUCGCGCAAGAGUUCCGCUCCCCGCUCACGCUCAUCUCGGGCCCACUCGAGGACCUCAGCCAUGAAGCUGCCAAGGACAUGGACGUGAAGCAGCGCCGGAAGCUGAUCAUGGCGAAGAAGAAUGUGUUCAAGCUCGAGCAGCUCGUCACGUCCUUGCUCGACUUUAGCAAGAUUGAGCUGGGCAAGUUCAAGAUCCACUAUUUCGUGAACAACCUGAAAUUCUGGCUGCGCGAGCUGUUCGACCUCUUCAAGCCCACGAUCAGCAAGAUCGGCAAGCUCACCUUUGAGCUGGACAUGGAUCAGAUCGACCGGCGCGAGAAGGAGCUGAUCUACUUUGACCCGAUUCUGCUCGAGAUGGUCGUGUCGAAUCUGCUCAGCCAUUCGAUCAAGAACUGCGGCCAGAAGGACCGGCAGACGACCAUCACGCUCAAGCUCCAGUUUGACGAGCAGUUUGCCAACAUCUCGGUGAUCGACACGGGCGACGGUGUGUCCAACAUCAACGACGUCGAGAGCCCGACGGACUGGUUCCAGCCCGCGGACGACGACGACGACGAGAAGAAUCUCAGCAGCAGCAGCAGCAGCGGCAUCUCGCUCGCGCUCGUCAAGGAGAUUGUGCGCCUGCACCAGGGCCAGCUACGGAUCGAGAGUCGCGGUGCGAGCGACCCACAGCACGGGAACACGAUCACGGCCCGGAUACCGCUCAAGUACCACCUGGCCGAGGACGAACUGGGGUCGCCGGCCGAAUCGCCCGUCGUCGAGGAUGGCGAGGACAGCUUCGACCACGACGCGCCGCAAGCGGCCUCCUUUGGCGUGUAUGGGAAACAGGUGGCCAAGGAGCUCUCGGACUGGAACGAGGAUCUCGGCGCCGCGCCCGAGGCGGAGGGCGCGGUGCCCGAGGGCCUCAUGUUUGAGAAGGACGACGUGGUCCUCGUCGUCGACGAGAUGAAGGACAUACGCGACUACAUCAAGGACCUGUUCGAGCCGUACUGCACCGUCCUCGAGGCGAGUAACGGGUACGAAGCCCUGGAGCUGAUCCAGGCGGGGCAGAAGCCGAGCAUUGUUAUUUGUGACUUGCUCAUGCGCAAAUUGACGGGACUCGAGCUGCUGUCCGAGCUGAGGGCUACGGCCGCGACGCAGUUUGUCCCCGUCGUCUUCCUGAGCCCGGUCAACGACGACGACCUGAGAGUCUCGGCGUUCAUGGCCGGCGCAGAGGACUUUAUCAUCAAGCCGUUCAAGCCGAAAGAGCUCCUGCUCCGCGUGCACCUGCACACGCAGAUUGGGAAGAAGCGCGAGAACCUCGAGAGUCUCUUCGCGCAGCGCACGCAGGAGAUGGCCGUGCUGUCCGACUACUGUCCGUCGGGCAUCCUGCGGAGCGACGGGUACGGGAACAUCAUCUAUGCGAACGAGGCGUUCCGCGAGCCGGCGGGCAUGUCGCUCGAGACGAACGCGAACGACUGGAUCUCGUACGUGUGCCCGGACCAGGCGCGGAGCUUUGAGCGCAGUUGGCGCGCCCUGCUCGACGACACGGGCGCGGAGAUGACGACGAAACUGGAAUGGAGGUGGAAGACGGGCAAGACGAUGAGCGGCACGUUCAUCAACCUGCGCAAGCUUAAUCAGAACUUGAGCGGCAUCCUCGCCUGCGUCACGGAUAUCUCGUACAAGGAGGAGAUGCUUGUCGAGGCCGAGAACCGUCGCAUCCAGGCAGAAGAGAGUAAGCGGCACCAGGAGCUCCUCGUCGACCUGACCUCGCACGAGAUCCGCACCCCCGUGUCUGCCAUUCUGCAGUGCUCCUCGCUCGUGAAGGAGAACCUCUGCUCGCUCAUGGACCAGAUGAAGUGGGCGCUGGCCAACGAUGUCGGGUUCGUGCCCACGCCCCAAACCCUGUUGGAUCUCGAGGAAGACGUGGACGCACUCGAGUCCAUCUUCACCUGCGGCGCGGUGCAGGAGCGCAUCGCGAACGACAUCCUGUCCCUGGCGCGCAUCCAGCUCGACAUGCUGAGCCUGCACGACGUGGAGAUGGACAUGCAGCACGAGGCGCGCAAGAAGCUGUCCGUGUUCGCGUCCGAGGCGCGGAUGAAGAACAUCGACAUCGACCUGCAAUUUGAUGAGUCUCUCGACCGCCUGGGAGUGUAUGGCAUCAAGACGGACCCCGUACGUCUGGGCCAAGUGGUCACGAAUCUGAUCAGCAACGCGAUCCGCUUCACUGCCAACUCGCACACGCGCAAGAUCUCCGUCCUCCAGCAAGUAGCCUAUGAACCUCCCCUCGAAGGAUCGACCAAGCCCCCGCCCUCUGCCGGAUUGGACAAGCAGUAUCCCGUCCCGCCGCCCGAGGACACGCCGAUCUACCUCUACGUCACGGUGACGGACACGGGCCCCGGCAUGAGCGCUUCGGAGCAGGAACUCCUCUUCCAGCGUUUCCAGCAGGGCAACAAGAUGAUUCACACGCGGUACGGCGGCUCGGGCCUGGGCUUGUUCAUCUGCAAGAAGAUCACCGAGAUGCUUGGUGGCGGCAUCAGUGUCGAGAGUAAACUCGGGGAAGGGACGCGGUUCUACUUCUACAUCAAGACGCGCACCGUCAGCCCCGGGUUCAGGCUGCACGGCAGUAACCAGGGCAAGAGCCCGCCGACACCGCUGCCCAUGUCGCCGUCUUUGUCGACGAUUAGUCCCCUCACGCCGGCCAUGGAACUCGUCCCUUCAUCCAUGAAUGGAGAGCUCAAGCCCCCAACCCCCGUUGCGCCCUCUGGGCCCCCACUCCGCGUCCUCAUCGUCGAGGACAACCUCAUCAACCAGACCGUGCUCAAGCGCCAGCUCACCAAGGCAGGCAUGACCUGCGACGUGGCCGGAAACGGCGAGGAGGCGCUCAAGCUCCUGCGCAAGCGCCUGCGGCCUGUCUCGCCCUCCUCCGCCCCCAAGUCAAGCGAGGGGGCGUACGACGUGGUGCUCAUGGAUCUCGAGAUGCCCAUCAUGGACGGCUGGACUGCGAUCAAGAUUCUGCGCGCGAGCGAGAAUCCCGCCCUCCAGAGCCAGCUCGUGAUCGCCCUCACGGGGAAUGCGCGCGAGGGCCAGAUCGUCGAAGCGCUCAAGGCGGGCAUGGACCACGUCAUCAUCAAGCCGUACAAGCUCGAUCGGCUUAUUGAGAAGAUGCGCGGGGCUGUGGCUGAGCGCAAGGGCAAGGGCAAGAGUGGCAAGACGGCGGAGAAGGCGGAGAAGGCGGAGGACAAGGAGAAGGAGUGA